AAUGCUCAGUAUUGACCCAAAUAUGCCGAAAUCAGAGUGGAGAACUGGAAUUCACGGUAGACUAUUGUUGGCGGAUGAAGAUAAAUCUUCCUUAUUGGAUGGCGGCUAUAGGAAAUUAAAUACGCUGGCUCAUUAUCAGGUAAACGAUGGUGCUGUAAUGGCUCUAAUGCCUAAACAAUCUUCUACAUAUAAUCUAUCUCAAACGUCCGAUAAAUCAGGUUCUUCUCAUAGAACUUACGAGGUUAUCUCAUCGUCGCCGUCUUUUGCCCGUUCAUUAUCACCCACAGAUACAUUGGAACAUCCAAGCCAUAAUAAAACUUAUCAUCUUGUCCAUCCGAAUGGCACUGGACGCGCGAGAUUACAAGCCGAUAAAGGCAAAAUGGUUUCAGAAGUCUACUUAACAAGACUUUUAGCCACAAAGAAAACUCUACAACAGUACAUGGACGAUUUAUUUGAGGCAUUGUUCUCAACCUCUCAUAGAGGAGAAGUAAUGCCUUUGGCUAUAAAAUAUAUGUUCGAUUUUCUCGACGAUCAAGCCAUUCAACAUGCUAUUAGAGAUCCCGAUGUCGUCCAUACCUGGAAAAGUAAUAGUUUACCACUGAGAUUUUGGGUAACGAUCGUCAAAAAUCCUGAUUUUAUAUUUGAUGUCUUCAAAUCGAAUACUACCGAUUCUUGCCUAAGCGUUGUAGCUCAAACGUUUAUGGAAAGUUGUUCAAUGAGUGAGCAAAAAUUGGGUAAAGAUUCUCCUGCUACGAAACUGCUAUACGCUAAAGAAAUACCGAAAUAUAAGAAAUGGGUUGUUAAGUAA